CUGAGAUAUUCGGACCUCCAGGCAUAGCUUGCUCGUCCAGCCAGCACCAUGAGAAGAUUGAAACAAGUCUCUAGCCAAUCCAGCACAUAUGGCCAAGCUUGCACACAGUGCUACAAGGCAAAGUGCCGGUGUGUGCGCACCUCCAAUGACGAUAACUGUGAAAGAUGUGUCCGUCUUAAGAAACGAUGCGAGCCAUCAGACUCGGUUCGUAGGCGUAAUGUUCAGACAGCUGAAGAGUCCGAUACGCGGAUCGCUCGACUAGAAGACAAAAUGGAGAUUUUGUUGAAUAAAAUGCAAUCUUUCAUCGGCUCCCAAGGUGCUCCUGGGUCGUCAGUCAACGCCCUUCGACCAAUGCCCUUGAAUGGAGACAGCGCUUCAUCAUCUACUUCUUAUGCGAGCACUCUAGUAAACACCGGCACUCAUCUGAAUUCGUGUGAGGGGCUGGCAUUCACGACGGAUUCGUUCACCACAGUAUCACCGAAUCCAAAUCCUCUACUCCUAUCUCACCACUAUUCUCUGUCUCCACCUGCUCCGCCAAAUCAAGCAGAUGAGCGGCUUGAUUUCUUUCGAUCCCGCCUGCUGCCAUCCUUCCCUUUCAUGGAUCUUACACCAGACAUGACGAGCUGGUAUCUACGCCAAAACAGGCCUUUUUUGUUCCAAGCCAUUCAUACUGUUGCCACAUUCUCGACUCAAGAAAGACUGUCCCACGUCGAGGAGCUGAAACGUCUCCUGUUCACAUCUGCUUUUCUAAAAGUCCAGUCAAAUAUUGACCUGCUGCUUGGGCUACUAACGUAUCUGGCAUGGAGUACCGAUGCCUUUCUUGGCAGAGCGGAUCUCAUAUCUCGCCUCAUGAUGCUCGCCAUUUCACUAGUAUAUGACCUGCGGCUGUUUAAACCAUCCUCGCUCGACGUACAACUUAUGAUGACUAUUACCCAAGGGCGGGCUGAUGAUAGCCAGAGCCCCGACGAUGAGACACUCAACGGCUUAUUGGAAAAACAGCGGGCAAUAUUGGCAUGCUUCAUUUUGAGCUCUAAGUGCGCAUCGCCUUCCAAAUUUUCUAUUAAACUUCACUGCAGUCUCUGUUAUUUGGCUCAAGCCGUGCUAACGUAUGGCUAUUUCUAG